GCAGGUAUACAAAAUCAAGCGACGCAAAGUAAAGUUUAUUUUGCAGAAACAUGUAUUCCAAUAAUUAAAUAAAAUAAACGUAACUGAACGUAACUAUAAAACUCUAUAACUCGCCUAUAUAUGCCUUUUUAGACACCUGUAUAUUAUAUAUGCAUGUAUAUAUUGAUAUAGUGGAAGAUGACAAAUACUAGAGUGAAUAUGGCCAUCACUCGAGGUCUUUACGUAUUUUUAACUAUAAUUUUUUUAUGUAUUAAUAUUGUUCAGAUGUUCACGACGAUCACAUCGAAAAACUACCCAAUUAAAGGAAGUAUUGUCGUUAAAGAAGUUAAAAAACCUCACCAUCUCUUUAUCGGGAGAUGUCCGAAAAAUGUUCCGAUGCUUCACCAAGAGAACAUCAUUUUGAAGAAUGACAAUCAAACUCUUAUUUCCGCUAACAUAAAGGUGAUUGUUGAAGGAAGAGUGAACAUAACUUGUGUGAAUAUAUAUGAUGAAGAUCCUGAAGUACAGGCAUAUCCCAGUUAUAUCUCAGGAGGAAUAGGAUAUAAUUUUAUAGAAUUCCACGUAGUCACUAGUUAUGGCAACGGUUUUAAAUUUUAUGUUGAAAUAUUUGGAUAUCAAAUAUGAAAUGAUAAUUUUAAAAUUAAUGAACUAAUUUAAGGUUGAUGACAGUUACAAAAAACAACCAUUAGAAGAAACAUACAUUUUAUUAUAAACACAGAUAAUCUACCAUAACUGGUUAUAUUUUAAAAUACUCUUAAAAGGUAUCAUACAGUAUCACAUCCAUUUUAUCACAUACACAAAAAUAGAAAUCAUUAAAAAAAUCUAAGUAACAAAAGAGGCAUUGUAUGAGUGCAUGCGAGAGAAAAUCAACAAAAUAUUUCAGUUAGUCCAUGGAAAAAAUACAAUUAAGUUUGUACCAAAAAUCACUAAUAUGUACGCUACUUAAAAUCUAACAUUAACCCCAGUAUUACCUGUCAACAUUAAUAUAAAAAUAGAUUUAAUUAUUAACACUAGUUUGUAUUAUAUGUACUUAUUUAUACCAUUAUACAAUUUACAGGACAUGUUUCAUGUUGCCGCGAUCUGUGUUUAGAAAAAACUUGACAGUUUGCUUAUAUAAAAACGAGAUAUUCAUUCAUAAGUAAAAAAUUAUGUACAUUAACCCUAAGUAACCGAUUUGCCUUCUCAGACACCACACAAAAUAUCACUAAAUAAAAUUAAAACAUUUUCUGAUACUUAAAAG